GCUGUGCUGGAGUCGUUCCUAGGUCCAUGUUAUCAACUUCAGCAUGGUUAUAUAAGAUGUUUAGAGAGCGCAUCACGGACGCCAUGGACAAGGUGUAUGAAAUUCCUGGUCAAUAGACCUGGGCAUUCUAAAUUGUAAGAUGGCGGAGGGAUGCCACACUUCCGGUUAUUAUCACCCUCCACGUCCGCCAUUGCACAACAUGUCCGCCAUCUUGAAUGUUCCCGCAAAUGAUGCAGGAUUAUAAUAGAGCAGCUGAAAACUGCCGAGACCGAGAACUCCUUGAUGUUAUCCUUCAAAAGCAAGACGAACACCGCAGUGACGCCGGAUCUCGCAUAUCCACGCUUCUCGCAAGAACUAACGGGAACCUCAGUCGGCCAUCGAGCUUCUCCAGACGAUCUCUGAACCUCUCGCGCCAAAGUCUCGCAAGCGCGUCACGUGUCACGCUGUGUGAAAAGGAGAGCAGCGUCAUCAAGUUCCUCUACAGUCUUGGCCUUCUGUGUCUCGCCUCCCUCAUUCUGUGUGUCCUGUCCCUUCAGAUUAUCUUCUCCCUGGGGGGUGCGGAGGUGGACUUUACCCCCGGGACUGGCGCCACCCUCAUCAACUCCACCUCUGUGUAUGACAGUGUGCUGGAGGUUACAGUUGCUAUGUCAAUGUUUGUCAUUAUGAUGGACAUUUGCUGUCUCAUGGUGUGUUCAAUGCAAUGUUUCUUCGCAUCCAAGAUUCUCAAAACCACGGAGGGAGAAGAAAGAGCACUGAAGUAUCUGAGGGAGUGCUCCAGUAGCAGGUUUAUCGCUGUCAUCGGCUUCUUCCUGUCCAUACCAUCUUUCUUGCUGGCUCUCAUGUUGUUUGCGAUUAUGAAGUUGAAGACGACCCCGGCACUGACAUCAAGCGUUAUCCUCGGAGCUGGGAUUCUGUUCUGCAUACUCAGCGUUAUGCAGAACUCUUACCAUUGGCGAGCCGAGAAAAGCCGAGCGGACGAGGGACUACCGGUUUAUGAAACCCCUCCACAUUCUCAUAAGACUGCGGGGGAAGUCAACGUACCUCGGAACGAGUUGUCUACCCUUGUUUGACACAACGCCGACGUUAGUGAAUACAUCUGACGGCAUUCGGAACACUUCGGUUGGUAACGUAGAGCUUUUGCAACCGGAAAUACCCGAGGAAAUCCGAGUUAAAAGAAGCAUUUGCGAUAAAAGUGGCGCUUGAAAGAAGAUAGCCUACGAGUGGUUUGUGGUUUGUUGUGGAAGUAUGGAUUCCACUAAAACUGGAAAAGCAAGAUAUUGUUAAUUAAUGAGAUGUCAUCUUGAUCUAUUUUCUGAAGGAGUCGGGAAUCAAUGUUGAAAGGCCUGGAAUUAGUGGAAGGUGGUGUGAUAGACAAGAUAUUACUAGGAGCUGUGUUGUACUAGUAUCUCGAUGACUGUUUGAGGAUUCAAGGUGAUAAAGUCAGCGAAUGGAAUUUUUCCACCGCCAAAUGUGGAGCCAUCUUGGCUAUUUUGUGUGUGAGAGGAAGUCUUGGAGUGCCAGAUAGCACUAGCGUCAUUGACCCGGGCCGUUUACGAUGGAGCUUCUGUGGGGGAAUGUGUAUCACUAGCGACAGACAUCAAGCAUCAGGACGUGACCUUGUAGUCAGGGCAUGGCUUAGAGGAGGCCACCGUCGGCCGACUACCAACACGUAGUGCACAAUACAUUACUUACAUCAAUUCGAUAGUUUCGGAUAGAUAUCAUUGGAUUGAGGUUACAUUGUAGCAGGUCGUCCUAUUGAAGGUCCUCCAGUAGUUUUAACCAUCCCAUUUCUGAUUCUUUAUCCCUUUCAUCAUCGUCUUUGUGAAUAUUGUUUGAAUCAUCUAGAGCUUUUCUCCAGGACCAUUUGCAUUUAAUGUAUUUUUUCCAGAUGUCUUGUUUUGUUGUUUAAUUAUAAUUAUCUAACCUGUAUAUAUGUACAAUUCUAAUGUCAAAUUAAUUGUAGACCAACGUAAGCUGACGGAAGAAUUGAAGACAUGGAUUAACCAAAUUAUGCAUGCCAUGUGUCAGUGUUAAGCUCAUUAUGAUGUAAAGGGGGAAAUUGAUUUGGAUUUUUUUUGUGAAAAAUAAUCUUAUGACGAGUAAGGUCUGUGAAUUUGAGAAGAUUACAUAAAUGGAUGAUAUGAAAGUAUUUGCGCCAUCAAUAAUUAGAUAAAUCGCCGUUUACUAUUACUUCAACUAGAAUGGUACCUAAACCACUGUUAUUUUGUAAUAUUGCAAUAGAGUUCCAAGAAUUACCAAUAGCGCAUGAUACAUGUGAGGAUUUGAGGAAGUAUUUCGAUACUUUACCGUUUUGAGGAUAAUCCUUACAUCAUUUGUUCCAGACCUACAAUUUAGAAAGAUAACAUGUAAGAUCAUUAUGUUACAUGUGACAGUGGCAAAGUUCACUUUAAUCAUUCUUUGUUGAUGUCACUUGAAACAUUUUCAAAUGUCUGUUGAAGUUUGCUAAGUAUAAUUAACAUAACUGUAACAUAUAUCGGGGCGAUCGGGUAAUCUAGUGGUUAAAGCGUUCGCUCGUCACGCCGAAGACUCGGGUUCGAUUCCCGACAUGGGUACAAUGUGUGAAGCCCAUUUCUAGUGUUCCCCGAUAUGAUAUUGCUAGAAUAUUCCUAAAAGCGGCGUAAAACCAUACUCACUCACUCACUCACUGUAGCAUAUAUGAACCAGCCGCUGUUGGUUUACCCUUUACUGCUGUUUGUAUUUCACAUAUUGUGGCAUGGCACAGGAUAUUAAAACAGCUCAAAUGAGUCGAGUCAAAUUUCGCUUGAGGCGUUUAACACCUAUUUAUGUAAUGACAUCAGUUAAUGUCAUCAGUUAAUGUCAUCAACAGUGGAAGUCUUCCAGCUGGAUGCCUAAAUAGCAAGCGUUGAAUUUAACGGCCGAACAAUCAGUUUCGGUCAUGGUAGCCAAAAGAACAGCAAGACAAUUAUGUCAGGCGAGCUACGUUCAUGACUCUGUUGCAGCAUUUUUGCCGAACGUUAUGAUCUGUUGCCAUGGCGACCAGUGCUUAGAGCAAAGUUGUGCAAAGUCACUGUGUAAAAACGAUAUGUGCUUUAAUGACAACUACAGGUUUAAUUGACUUUGGAAAUGGAAUCAUAUUUUUUUCUGGUUGAUCAUGGCCCGAAGCAGAAAUGAAUUUAAUGUGUGAUGGUUGGAGGGAUGAGCUUUAUAGUCCUAAACCCGUCGAAAUAUGUGAUGUAUUUCCCAUUUGAAAAUACAAGAAAAGAAAAUAUGCUGUUAUUAGAACAUAAUUUGCUAGAGCACAUGGAUCAUUUUUACUCGUACCAAACGAAAAACGUUGAAUCAGUAUGCAAGGACGUGAUGAAAGCGUUUUCCAGAUUCCAAAGUGAAGAAAUUUGCGUUGACCGUUUCCGAGAAUGACACGCAGAUGAAUUUAAAACUUAUCUUCCAAUCCUAAGAUAUAGGGAUUUAUUAGUAGCAAAUGUAUAUUGUACACCAACAAAACCAAACUAGUAUUGUAAAAAAUCAAUAGCAUAUUUUAGAGCAAUGCAUAGUGUUUUAAGAGUUGAUCCCCAUGUUAUGAAGUAUAAAGAGUUUAAUUGAAAUAAAAGUCAGCUGCAGGAUAAUCCUAGGUAGUAAUAUUAUCUGAAAUAUAAGCAAACUUUCUAUGUGGAGAACAUAUUUCAGUUUCAAAAUCUUAUUUAACUAACACUAUUUAAAGUUAUCCUGUACACAAGUGUAACAACGCACAAUACCUCAUCAUCGAUAUGGACCCUUAUUCUAAGUCCAGUUUAAGCCCCCUUGAAGUAUGAGUAAUUGACGUUUAUCGCGUGUCGAGUCCACAGAGAUUGGCACUUAGCAUGAAAGGCGGUUCUGAAGAGUAUCUGUUCUAUCUCGUACAUUAUGGGAGGACGUAUAUCAAAAUUGCGAGCUUGGAAAUUACGACCCAUGCUUAUUUACUGAACUCAACACUCAUAUGAAUUCAUAUUCAUGGUUGACCUUUUCCUUCUUUACGAAACAGCACAACAGAGCUUAUGCUUAGAAACCCCAACAGAACGAAUCCUUAGAAACCAAAACUUCUCUAACGAUUUUUGGCUGAGGCUUAGGAUAAUUGGAAAAUAUUUUCCAGGUUGGCUCAGGAGUUCUGGCAAUAAAGAAACCUGCCUCCCGAACAUCGCUUCAAACAGUACAAGCGGCCGCCAAUACACGCCUGUCGUGAGUCUAAGGGAUCAAUAUUUGACUCUCGGGGACUGUUUCUGGGGAAAUUCCACUUUUUUUUGACUGCCAGGAACGAUGGUACCUUCACUGACAAAUUGGUUCGCCUCUCGCUUUGUAAUUCAAGCUCAGAUUAGGUUGCAGUUGGACACUGGAACCCAGACAGGGGGAAAUUGGUUUUGUGUGUCGAAGAGAGGAAGUCUGAAUUAAUCUGAAUACUCUGAAGUUGUGAUAAAAUGGUAAAAACUUGACUGUCAGACGUUGAAGACGGCUGAAAUGCUGGGGCAGGCGAAUGAUCAUAUUACAUGAUUAACACUUGCAUUUAGCUUCAUUGCAAUCAGUUAUAAUUCAUUUAUAGUUUCAGUUUAGAAACAUGGAUGAAAUAUAUCAUCUUGCGCUUUCAUAAUUCGUCAGUCUUUGAUAUCCCUGAUUGAUAAAAUGAUAAAAGAAGAGUCGUUUUGGUUUAAUGAGAACUGAUAGCAGUAUCAAAGAAAAGUAAAUGACAUGCAUUUCAGAGAAUGUUGGACGUAUUAAAGAAAACAAAUAAUUUCCGUUUAACCAAUUCCUAUUAAUCCUUAUGAAAUGUUAAUCAAAUUUAAGUGUAAAGAAAAUAAAAGAAAUGGUAAUAUUAAUGGGUCCUUUAAGAAGAAUUGAUACUUUGCAAUCGGAGCCCCUUUGAGUCACUCUAGGUUAUAACUAAUGACACAAGUGUCAAACAAAUCUAUUCAAGAAUAAUCAGGAACAACAGCAACGGUUCGGAGAUGAGAUCCGGCGAAAGGUGGCAGCAAUAUAUUUGACUUAUGCGAACGAAGCCGUUUUUGAUAGAGCGGCUCUCUGUAAUGGACAAGUUCAAUUGACACCUCACACAAGUGAAUUCUUUGACAAGUAUAAUGGUGAAUUUCGGUAAUUUUCAAUAAAUAAACAUGAGGUAGGACGUGUUCUUAAAGCUGUAAUUUCUGUUUCCUGGCAUUCCUAAUUGAGGUUGACCCCUUGCCAAAAUAGAACGUGGAAUGCCAGGUGAACUGAAGAAACACGGGGCUCUCAAAAGUCGGAGACACUUUAAAGGCCUCAAGGCUAACAGAACGUGAAGUGUAUACAUUUUAAGGAUUAAUAUUACCAUCGAUGUUGGAUGAUCUGGGUUUCUUCUGUAAUGUCUUUUAAUAGAACAUAUAUAAUCGCAAGAAUUUGAAGAAGUACACAAAGCUGUUGAAAUAACAUUGUUAGAACAUAAGACCCAUCCAGAGAAGCAUUUGCCUCCAGUGGUUUCACGUCAUGAACAGUAACGACCGCGAUCAGAACCGUCGUUGUUGGUGUCUACAUUUCAGCUGAGAUAGCUCGUUACGAAUCUCAGAGAUCAUGAUGUAACAACUGGACUGUGGUCAGUGUCACUGGAUGUAGUUCUCGAUGACUGCGUGUCUGCUGAUUAGGUUCGUUAGUGAACAUAUUCAGAGGUUCUGAACAACUGAAUUCUUGAUCCAUAAGCGCAAACCAAACGCGUACAUCUAAACGACAACCACUAACGAUCCUGGCUUUUUUAACCGUUGAACUAUGGACAGGUUUUGAGAUUCUUGAGAACAUUACGUCAAAAUUAUCCUGAAUAAGGAUGAACUAUUAGUCUUUAUUAUAUUGGUUAGUUCUUUCAAACAACGUGAAGGUUCAUACAUCUAUACUCCCAACUGUAGUGAGCGUUUGGAAACCAAGGUCCAGGAAAAAUGGAAGAAGGCCGGCUACUUCACUGAUUUGAGUGAACUUCAAUGGUAGAAUCUUGAAGGUCCAAAGUGGUUUAUAGUAGGUUGGAGUUUUUCUUAAUAAUAACAUUAAAAGAUGAAUGAAUUCUGCUACUCCCAAGUGGUUCCUAUUUUGCAACACGUGUAGUAGUUUACCCGACGGUUCGUAUUGGCAAGGUUCGGCGGUCACCUGAAAAUGAAUUGCAGUAGCUUUUGAAAUUUUGGAAUCAUUUUCGUAAACAGAUUUAAUCACAUGGCUGCCUGGAGUGACUGCAUUCGACGAGGGAAUUAUCACGGGCAGAUCUAAAAUCAUUCAUCCACUGAAUGAAAAGCAGUAUUACGUUUUGAUGAUCGUAUAUGAAAUGGGACCUGACGGACAAAAGAACCUUUGAGGUCGAAACAUCAAGUUUUGGUCUUUACGUUUAUCAUUCCGAUUUACGCAGAGACAUUUAGUUGCUUGCUUCCAAAUAAAACGAAGAGGUCAUAAAUCUACGAAAACAAGUUCAUGGAAUUACAAAUGAUAAUUACAAACCUAGACCAAAUUUUCGACGUUUCCUGUCAUACGCGAUGAAAGACCAACUGCAUGCAAUAUAGGCGAUCCUGACACACGUUGAAAGACCAACUGCAUGCAAUAUAGGCGAUCCUGACACACGUUGAAAGACCAACUGCAUGCAAUAUAGGCGAUCCUGACACACGUUGAAAGACCAACUGCAUGCAAUAUAGGCGAUCCUGACACACGUUGAAAGACCAACUGCAUGCAAUAUAGGCGAUCCUGACACACGUUGAAAGACCAACUGCAUGCAAUAUAGGCGAUCCUGACACACGUUGAAAGACCAACUGCAUGCAAUAUAGGCGAUCCUGACACACGUUGAAAAAGCUUAGAUUUGGAACCUGAUCUUCCGGUGUUUUAUCAGACUGCGUAUUCUUUGAAAAGUCUCGACCUUCAUAUAAAUGAGAUGAUUUAGAUAUAUACGAGAUCAUUUAUAGAUUUUCCAUGUUUGCAGCAUUUUGAUAACACCAGGAUGCGCCACGAAAAGUUUCAUGUUCAUCUAAAUAUCCACUAUUGUUGAUUAUUGAGAGCGUAUAUAAAUACCACAGAAUCUUGUUACCGAAAGGCAUAUAUAUAGCUUCUCCGCUUGUAUUCUCAAAAUCAAUUGAAAUAUGUCAAGACUGUUUAAGAAAACGUUUCGUGAAAAAUCACUGAGGUGGAAAUCAUUCAGCUAGGAUAUUUGUCAUAAACCGAACUGGAAGCCUUGCCGUGGUUAUCUCCAGACUAUGGCAUUAUGUCAGUGAACAGGACUUGCAGCAGUUGUUGGACUUUAAUCGACGUGUGGCCAGGCUGACUUAAAUAGUCACUAAUCGUUUGCAAAUGCAAAUAUCUCCUUAGCUCGUUAGGAACAGUAUCAAUCAUAUUAAAAGCCACACUGACACCGAAUAUGAAUCAAUGGCCAUGCAAUUUUAGAUGGUCGGUUUCUGUUGAUAUUGUACCACGUAACUUAACCCCCGUGUACAGGAAUACUACCAUCAGUAGCAUCAAUGUGCUAGAAUACGUCCUCAUAUUGUCCUUAUCGAGCUCCACUGCUGAGCUUGAUGCUUCAGCUAUUACUCUAUGCUGCUUUAUAAAUAAAUUAUUCUAACAGCA